AUGGGACAGCAGGGGUUGCAAAGCGGUGGGCAGCAGGAGCUGCAGAGCGGAGGGCAGCAGCAGCUGCCGAGCGGAGGGCAACAGCCCAAGCAGAGCGGAGGGCAGCAGGGGAUACAGGCUGGGGGGCAGCAGGAGCUGCAGGCUGGGGUCCAGCAGGAGCGGCAGGCCGGGGGGCAGCAGGAGCUGCAGGCCGGGGGGCAGCAGGAGCUGCAGGCCGGGGGGCAGCAGGAGCUGCGGGCCGGGGGGCAGCAGGAGCUGCAGGCCGGGGGGCAGCAGGAGCUGCAGGCUGGGGGGCAGCAGGCGUUGGCGACGGCGAUGGUGGAACCACAGGCCGCGGGGCAGCAAGAGCCGCGAAGCGGAGGGCAGCAGCAAUUGCAGAGCGGAGAGCAGCAAUGGCUGCAGGCUGGGGGCCAGCAGGCGUUGGUGACGGAGAUGGAGGUGGAGUCACAUGCCGGGGGGCAGCAGGAGCUGCAAAGCGGAGGGCAGCAGCAGCUGCGCAUCGAAGGGCAGCGGACGCUGCCGAGUGGAGGGGAGCAUCCAAGGAACGGGCAGCCGGAGCUGCCAGGAGAAGGGCAGCUGCCGGCGAGGGAGAAGCAAGCGGCAAACGUGGAAAUGGCCGAGCUAUCACGAGCCGUGGAAAUGCCACGAGCGGAGCGGCAGAAGCUGCAAACGGGAGGGUGGCGGGAGCUGCCGGCGCAGGGUCAGCGGGAGGUCACGAAUUCGGAUGCUGUAAGCCAAGCGAGCAGAACCCGGGCACAGGGCCGAGGCGGGAGUCGACGUUCCUGCAAAUCGCAAGGGCAGAUUGGAAGCGGGGCUGCCGCACAGCAGGCAGAGGGGCAGCCGGGGGCACCCGGUGCACCCCAGGGAGAGCGGCAGGCAGGGGGGCAGCUGAUGGUGCCCGGAGCACCCCAGGGAGAGCAGCAGGCAGGAGGGCAGCCGGGGGUGCCCGGAGCACCCCAGGGAGAGCAGCAGGCAGGGGGGCAGCUGAGGGUGCCCGGAGCACCCCAGGGAGAGCAGCAGGCAGGAGGGCAGCCGGGGGUGCCCGGAGAGAAGCAGGCAGGAGGGCAACCGGGGGUGCCCGGAGCACCCCAAGGAGAGCAGCAGGCAAGAGGGCAGCCGGGGGUGCCUGGAGCACCCCAGGGAGAGCAGCAGGCAAGAGGGCAGCCAGGGGUGCCCGGAGCACCCCAGGGAGAGCAGCAGGCAGGAGGGCAACCGGGGGUGCCCGGAGCACCCCAGGGAGAGCAGCAGGCAGGGGGACAGCAAGAGCUGCCCGGAGGUCAACAAGCAUUGGCAGCAGAGAUGGAGGUGGAGCAAGGGGUCGGGGAGCAGCAGGAGCUGCAGGAGCUGGAGGUGGAGAUGGAGGAGCCGCAAGAGGAGGCGCGAGAGGAGCUGCCGGUAUGCAUGCAGGAGGGGAGUCAUACAGACAAUCAACCCCAGUCGCAGGCAGGGCGGCAAGGGUGUUAUGAGGGGAACCAGCCCUUGCCUGGAAGCGUGCAACAGGGGUUGCCGACGAGUGAGUCGCAGGAGUUGCAGGUGCAGAAUCAGCAGGGGGUCACUAACCCGGGCGGCACAGGCCAAGCCGAAGGGUCGCGGGUGUGA